CGCCUCACCGUCCGCCCGCAGCUCGGCGAGGGCCGGGGCCGGGGCCGCCCCCGCCUCCUCCAUGCUGGCGGUGCCGGAGCGCGCGUCACUCCCGGCACGCGGCGCGCGGCGAUGAUGGCGAAGGCGCGCGACGGCACGUGUCGAUCCCGGCGGGAGCGGCGCCGGAGCCGGGACACGGCCGGGCCUCGGCCCUGAGGGAGCUCCUUCUCCUGGCGCGGCGCAAAUGCCGAAAGGACUGUUAAUUAUACAUGAUUGGUAACGUCACAGAAGCUAAAGAAUGCCGACGAAACGAUCCCAUGGAUUUGUUUCGUUCUGGCCAAGUUGUGAAAAUAUGUGCCCCCAUGGUCCGCUAUUCAAAGUUGGCUUUCAGAACCCUGGUUAGGAGAUACAGUUGCGAUUUGUGUUACACACCAAUGAUAGUGGCAGCAGAUUUUGUGAGAUCUGCAAAAGCAAGAGACAGUGAAUUCACAACAAACAAAGGUGACCAUCCAUUGAUUGUUCAGUUCGCUGCUAAAGAAGCACAGGUUUUGUGUGAUGCUGCGCGUAUCGUCUGUCCUUUCGCAGAUGGAAUAGACCUAAACUGUGGUUGUCCUCAGAGAUGGGCCAUGGCAGAAGGUUAUGGUGCUUGCUUAAUAAACAAACCAGAACUCGUUAAAGAUAUGGUGAGACAUGUACGAAAUCAGAUCAACAACCCUAAAUUUUCAGUAUCUAUUAAAAUAAGGAUCCACGAGGACUUAAAAAGAACAGUUGACCUGUGUCAAAAAGCUGAAGCAGCUGGAGUUUCAUGGAUUACAGUACAUGGGAGAAGUAUAGAAGAAAGGCAUCAGCCUGUACAUUAUGAUGCAAUUAAAACAAUUAAACAAAGCAUGUCUAUACCUAUUGUGGCUAAUGGAGACAUUAAGACUUUAAAAGAUGCUGAAAAUGUUCAUCAGUUGACAGAAGCAGAUGGUGUAAUGGUGGCUAGAGGACUCUUGGCAAAUCCAGCUAUGUUUGCAGGAUAUGAAGAGACACCUUUUAAGUGCAUCCAGGACUGGGUUGACAUUGCUCUUGAGCACGGAACUCCUUUUACAUGUUUCCACCACCACUUAAUGUACAUGAUGGAACGGAUAACUUCAAAACAAGAAAAAAAAGUUUUUAAUGUUUUAUCAAGUACCUCAGCAGUACUAGAUUACCUGAAUGACCAUUAUGGUGUGUGAUAAAUGGAAGUAUUUUAAUUCUAUGUAAACUUGUAUUUUGCAAUCGUUGAUACAUUGUUAAAGUUUUAAUUCUUCUUAGUCGCAUUUAUCAAUUGUGUAAGUAUUUUCAACACAGCAUAAAAUCAUUAGGAUGGUAAUUUAUUUUUUUAGUAUUUUUAUGUGUACAUUUUCCCCUCUAGAAAAUAUUCCAAAUUCCACAAAUGUGGAAUUCGGUUUACAGUGCACAUGUGGGAGAGGGGAGAUUAUUUUAAUAAUGGCCAGUCUUCGCGAGCGAAGAUCCGGGGAAGGUCUUUCCACCUUCCAGCCUGCGCAUUGGAUUUUUUAGGUGAGACACAGUGUGCGCGGAACUGAGCCCACCCUUUAAUCCUAAGGUUCAUCUGCCGGGGCCAAGCAAGCUUGGACGGUGGCAGUGAGGUCCUUAGGACGUAGGUGGGUUGCCUUUAAGGGCUGACGAGCCCCACCUGCCCGGGAGUGGCCCUGACCGGGAAUCGAACCCGGGUCUCCACGGUGACAGCGCGGCGCCUUUCCAUUAGACCACCAGGGGCUCCGGAGAUUAUUUUAAGGCUCCAGUAAUUUACAUUUUCACCAGACAAUUGCUUACAGCAAUAUUAUUGCAAAACUAGGGCCUUUCUUAGAUGAAACCUCCUAAAAUCAGGACUACUGACAAAUAAUGCCAGUAAUUUCAGACCAAAAGAAUACAAAGGGAGCAAUUACAGAAGUUUUUGCUUUAACUGACAUAAGUUGAAUUUAAAUUUGAGUAGAUUUUCAAACUUUAGGACUGUGAAGCUUUGAAGCCCAGCAUACUAUCCUCUUUUAAAUUAGGUGUUCCUUUUGCAGACUAAAAAAAACUUUCUAAACUUACUUACAACUUAGAAAAAUUCCAUAUUUCAUAUAGCAGACGAAAUAUGGAACAGAUAAACACUGGUGAAAGGAAGGAAGGAAAAAGUACAAUGAAGAGACAGUUUAAACUAAGUACAAACUUAGCUUGAAUCUAAAAUACAAGACUUGAGAGUUCAAUUUAAAUUCAGUUUUGUUUAUCUACUGUAUAAUAAUUGUAUACCAGAUCCCUACCAUCUACCACACCAGAAGUUUUUAGGUCAAAGAAAAGCUGACAGAUUCUCUCAGUAGGGCUCUUGCAGUCCUUUCUGCCCACUGGCAUGUUGCUUAUCAAAGCAUGACAGCCACUUGGCUUUGAAUCACUGUAUAGGGGUGAAAUAGUGGAAAUUAGAACAGGAUGAUAAACAUUACACACCAGCUGCAUUUGUUCUGCAAGGGAAAUUCCACAAAACUGUGCAGUAGAAUUACUUGUAAUCAAAUAAUUUGUUUUCUUUAUAUGUUUACACAGAAAUUCAUACCAAAAAUUUCCUAGUUUUUUGACUGUGAUUGUUCUAUGAAUAUACUUGUGAAUAGUUCCAAAUUUUCUAAAUAAAUUACUUGGUUUUGUAUACAGUUGUAAUUAUUUUUUGUAAUUAUGCAACAAUCUUGAGGAGGGAAGGUUGCUUUUGAUGCUACUCACAAAUAUUUUAAUAGUUUAAAUAUCUUAAAUUCUCACAAUUUUUUUAAUGCAAUGUCAUAAAAUACCUGGUCAUUUUUCAUUAUGAAUAUGAAUAAAAGUCUAUGAAUAAAAGUUUGAAAGGCAUGACCUGAGUCAUCAAGUCUGGUUCACUAUUUAAGACAGCAAAGUUACGUAACUUUUCUGAUACAAUCACCUUCCUGAUGUGUUAAUAAAUGGAAAACUGCAGAUAUGCUUUGCUAUCCUAAAGCUAAUUGAGACAAUCUCUGCAACUUUCUUAGUUGUGAUAGUGUCUCCAUUCCUUCAGACAACUAUUUUUUCACUCUUCUGGAUUCUGAUGUUUUCUUGACAUUAGAUAAUCACAAAUUUGUAUAGCAUUUCAGGUAAACUCACAGCAAUAUCUUCUGCAGAUAAUACCUCUCCUAAUGCCUCACUUUUCCUCAACUAAUAUUCAUCAUGUAAAUUAUGAGCUUCCAGUUUUACAGAAAAAGUUCUUACUUCCCAACUGCAUGACUUUGUAUUUUGUGGUGUUGAAUUUCCAGUCUAAAUGCAAUUA